CAGAAGGACCAGCAAGGAGCAAACUGUGUGGAGGACAAAUUCCCCAAAUGAAUACGGGGCAAUGGAUGAGAACCUUGGUCGUCCUUGGACUCUUUUUGGUCAUCGUGACCAGCCUAACGGAGGAUGCGAUUGACCAAACAGUGGAGGUCUAUAGUCCAGAAACCAGUGUUGUCUUCAAAACGUUUGAGAUCAGCCCUCAGAAUGAAGAGGACAAUAAAACAUUUCAAAGUUAUUUCUCGUAUUUGUUUCAUCCCGUGUCACGCCAUUCCCUCUCCCGGUUUAUCCGGUGGUUUAAUGAACCUUACAGAAAUUCCUGGAGGAAAUCGCUCCCCUUUGCUUUCCAUUCUCCCAAAGAUAAGGAUUCCAGUCUACGAAUCCGAGGUGCAGGCAGAAUGAAACCUGUACUCCCUAAUAGCAUGGAAUUUAUAAUCAAGGGAACCAUUGCCACGUGCCAAAAAUUUAACGGUUCACUCGACGAACCUUGUACCCUUAAAGUUAACAGCAUCGUGACGAAUUGCUCGGCUUCCUUAAACAGACAGACACCAUUAAAGUACACAGUUAAAUGUUACAAUGGAACCACCGAGAAUCUGGGAACGGAACCAGACGAUGUUACACAGAUAUUCAUCGGCAGCAAUGAAGGCUCCAGGGAGGAAGGAAGUGGAACAGUUUCUGUAGAAACCUAUUCCAAUCUUUCCCGCUGUUUGGGAUGCAUAUUUUGGUUGAUUUAAUAAAGUCUAAUAAAUAGAGAUUGAGCAAACCUGACAUAUCAAGGCUCACCAUACUGACAAACAUCC